AUGGUUCGCGUUCCUUCUUUCUUCGUCCUCUCUAUAGCCGCCAGUAUAGCUGGCCUGGCUUCAGCUGAAGACUCGCUCUAUAGCAAGCGCCUGUCGAAGCGCUUUAUUGAUACAGACGGCAACUUUAACAUAUCGUUCUACCACGUCAACGAUGUACACGCGCACCUAGAUGAGUUCUCUUCAUCAGGGACUGAUUGCACCAAUCCUUCAAAGGGCUGUUAUGGCGGUUAUGCUCGUAUCAAGACGGUCAUUGACGACACGCGACCGGGCCACAACGACAGCUUAUUGUUGAACGUGGGGGAUGAGUUUCAAGGCACUCUGUUCUAUUCAUUCUACGGUGGUGAAAAAAUCGCCGAGACCCUCAAUCAACUCGGGUUCGACGCCAUGACCCUAGGAAAUCAUGAAUUCGAUAGCGGCGAUGAUAAAUUAGGCGACUUCUUAAAAAACCUGACGUUCCCUAUUAUAUCUGCAAACAUUAUAUCGGACAAUGAGAAGCUAAACUCUACCAUCAAACCAUAUCAUAUCUUCGAUCAGUACCAAUUAGCUGUUAUUGGCGUGACAACUGAGACAACAUCCGGAAUCAGCAAUCCCGGUGACGGUACGAAGUUCACAGAUGCGAUCGCUGCAGUCCAGGCCUCGAUCGACGAAAUCCGCAGCACGACGAACAUCACUCGAAUCGCAGCUAUCACGCACAUCGGGUACGAAGAGGACAAACGUCUAGCUCGUGAGACUACCGGCCUUCAACUCAUCAUGGGUGGUCAUAGUCACACGCUACUUGGCGAUAUGGAGGGCGCCGAAGGCAAGUAUCCCACCCUCGAGACAAACAAGGAUGGCGAUGAAGUCUUCAUCGUUACCGCUUAUCGUUGGGGAGAGUAUUUGGGUUAUAUCGACGUUACAUUCGAUUCGGAGGGAAAAAUACUUGCCUACCACGGUGCCCCCAUACAUAUGACGAAUACCACUAAGCAAGAUGAGGAUUUGCAGGAACAGGUUGAUGAAUGGAGGAAGCCAUUCGAAAAGUUUGCAGCAGAGGAGAUUGGUACUACGAAUAUUGUGCUCGACCAGUCAACCUGUCAAAAGCGAGAGUGUACCCUGGGUGACUUGGUAUCCGACUCAAUGCUACAGUAUCGUGUAGACGGUGGAAGCAAAGCAGCCUUUGCUCUCACAAAUGCAGGGGGUAUCCGCGCUACCAUCGAUUCUGGACCUAUUACGCGAGGCGAGGUACUCACGUCUUUUCCUUUCGGCAAUGCCGUGGUCGAGGUUGAUUAUAGCGGUGCGGACCUAUGGAAGAUAUUCGAGGGUCUCGUCAGCGGUGUCAACCAAUUCAAUCAGCGGAAUGUCACCAGCUUCUUCCAAAUCAGCCGUGGCAUUAAAGUCGAGUAUAACCCGGAUAACGCUAUUGGUGAACGUCUUGUUCGUCUUACGAUCGGUGAUAAGCCCGUCGAUAAAGAGGUUCAGUAUACUCUUGUCACAGUUGAUUUCAUAACUGGUGGUGGUGACAAUAUGUUAGAACCGAUUCAAGAUGUAGUUAUUCUUGAUACUUUAGAUGAGGUGUUAGUUAACCAUAUCCGCACGACAAGCCCGAUUGACUUCCAGCUGGAUGAUAGGAUAGCUAUUGUUAGUGGUAACGCAGGGACUAAUACUACGACUACGGACGACGCACCUGCGCCAACCACGACUCCGAAUAGUGCUAGAGGGGUAGAAAGUAUGAUGUCGAUAUAUCUAGGGGUAAUAGUUCUAUUGGGUGUUAUGUUGCUAUAG